CAACAAAAAAUAAAGAUUCCCUAUUUUAGAAAAAAAAAUUGAAAAGCAGCUGUCAAGUUGAUACAAACCUUUCUCUUUUUUGUCAUGAGAGAGAUCAUCACUCUACAGCUAGGCUCACUUUCCAAUUACGUGGGCACUCACUUUUGGAAUGCACAGGAAGAAUACUUUGACUACACUGGCAAUAACACUGAAAAAACAAACGAGAUUAACCAUGAUGUACUCUACAGAGCAGGCGAAUCAGCAAAUGGCAUAAUGACAUACACUCCAAGAACCUUAAUUUACAAUCUCAAAGGCAAUUUUGGUUCUUACCAAAAAUACAACAAACUAUUUGAGCCAAACGGUGCUGAUAUAAAUCACACAUGGGAUCAGGGCAUGACUAGAAUCGAUAGACCAAUACCCAAAAACAAAUAUCAACAAGAACUAGAUCGUCUGGACGUAGAUAGUGAAUAUCAAAUGGAUCUGGACGCAAUUGAACAACUAGAAUCUACAGUCUAUAACUGGUCAGACUUCAAUAGGAUAUAUUAUCACCCACGCUCAAUGAAUGCCAUCUCCACUCACCAGGCAGAUGACGUGGUCAAUCCCUUUGAUAACUAUACGAUUGGAAAGGAUGCCUAUGUCGAGAACGAAAAGGAGAUGAGUGUCUUUGAUGAUAACUUUCGAUUGUUUGCUGAAGAAUGUGAUUAUUUGCAAGGAUUUCAAAUAUUGACAGACAUUGAUGACGCAUUCGGAGGGUUUACCGAAGGAUUGAUUCAUGACAUACGGGAUGAGUUUGCAAAGAUACCCGUGUUGACCUAUGGUCUAAGUGAUUCUUGUUUACAUUACCGUAAUGAUCGUAUGAAGCAAAAAGUGGCUCUGAAUAGAGCGUUAAGUAUGACCCGUCUUGGUGAGUUAUCUUCUAUUUAUGUACCCAUCUAUACGCCAACAAGGACGUCUCUGCAAAAGAGUCACCUCCAAUCUGAUCUUGUCUUUAAUGAAUACUCAAGAUAUCAUACGAGUGCUAUCAUUGCAGCAGCUAUUGAAACAAACUCUUUACCUUUUAGGUUAAAGAAGAAUGCGGCCACUUUAGCAGAAAGUGUCUCCCGUCUGACGUACGUGAGAAACACAAAACUUGCUACACUAUCUGUCACACUACCCUUGCUGAAAGAAAAAAAGGGGCCUCUAUCACUUCUUGACUACGAGUCCAACAUUGAUAAGGAAGAUAUCUAUAGUCAAACGACCAUCGUACGAGGCUCAGAGCAAUACGCAUUUCCUGAUCUUACAAAUCCUCUUGUUGCAAACUACCAUGUCGAAACCAUGCUGCCACUCCCAGAAUCAUACCCUCGCUUGUUCCCAUCUCAGUAAGUGAUAGAGUCCCAUCAUAAAAGAUGUAGAUGCUCAUUUGAUAAUCCCAGUGACAGACAAGUACCGAUGAUGACACAGUUCGAAUCGGGUGCACGGGUGAAAGCUAGCGUAGAACAUCAAAU